GCUAUCAUUACACCAGCCGAGCCAAAACAAGUCGGGAGGAGAAGGCAUGAAUACAAUGACCGCUGAAAUCAUAAAAGACAUCUCCCAGCCCGACUCACCUGUCUCCUCAGCACCAGAAAACGGACAGCUGUUGUUCAUCCGAAGCGUCGCGUCCAGGAGGGACACGCAGACCACCAGCGGCAGCGCCAACCUCGAGGAGGGCAGCUCCCAGCCCCUGGUCUCCUCCUCAGCCACAGCUCAGCCUCAGUCUUACACCAUGACAUCGGGCGAAUUCAUGCAGUCCACCCCGCUGUUCGUGCAGAGGUCUAGUAAGAACAUGUUUUAUAAGAUCCUGUGUUUCCUCGUGCUCGUUCUUCAAGGAGGCAUGCUGGAUUUCUACCUCAUCAUCUUCACGGAUCUCUACUGGUGCUCGUGGAUAGCCACGGAUUUGGUGGUUAUAUCCGGAUGGGCGAUCUUCUUCAUGAAAAACGCCAGGAGCAAGCGAGAACGAGCGUGUGGUUUCCACCAGAAGGGCUCCAUCUUCGGAUGCAACCUGGGGGAGUUCACCUUCGCGUACCUGGCAUGGCUCAUCUACGUGAUCGCGUCCACCCCGAAAGUGGUGCUCGUCCUGGAAACGUCCAUCCUCGAUCUGAUCGCCCUCAAGGUGCCGUUUGGCAUCACCGGGUUUAAAAUAACCAUGCUGCUGUGCGCGCCUUUGCUUUACUGCCUCAUCAACUCCGUCAUCGAAGAUCCAAACGGCUCCACGCGCUUUCACUCCCAAGGCUGCUUCAUGAGCACCUGCUUAGACAUCCUAGACAGCUUCACGCUGGUGGAACUGCUCCUUAAAAACGAAAUCCCGAGCAUAUACCUUAGGUACACGGUUAUAUCGGUGUAUUUCAUCGCACUGGGCGUCCCGGUUGUUUGGCUUUACGAGUUGACGGCCUCAGAGAUGAACUGUCGCUGGAUAUGGGCGAGGUUCUUCACCGGCGUGCUGCUCAACGGUCCGCUCUUGGUGGUCAGAUGUUUCCUCGUCUUUGUAUACAAAACGCCCAUAUCGGUUUUCAUGUUCAAGAACAUCUUCUUCUUGGGGUGUAAGUGCCUGGAGCUGGUUGAACAGUGCACGUCCUUAAGAGGUGUCCGACGGUUUGCACGUGGACGCGGGGGAAACCCAUCCCAGUUCUCCCACUGCGUUUCCGAAAACGACAUGUGUCCUCACGGCUAUGUGAACACGCUGGCUGUCAAUACUCAGUCGUAGAUGCUCAUUAGGGACUGGGUUUGACCGGCCGGGGGCCACGUUGGCUACUACACAGUGUGCAUCAGCCCUUUUAAGGGAAGGUACUACAGAGGUGCUAACAUUCCUUGAUGAAGAUAAAACACACAAACCAAUUAACACAUGCAGAAAAUGUAUUGCUAUAGCAAUAUGCUAUAUAUUUUGAGGUACGGUCAGCUGCGAGGGUUAAAAUGGUCAAAACGUAUUUUAGAAUUACAAAUCACAAGUUAAUAGAAAGUAUUUUGUUUAUAAGGUCUUAACAGAAACUCAGUAUGCACAUUAGGAACCAUGUAAUUUUCACAAGUGUGCACAAGUGAACUCCACAAAAAUGUGUUUUUGUGAUGAACUCACUGGUUGCUAGUUGUCAGACUUGUUUUGCUGUGUUUUUUUUAAUUUAGCAAAUAAAAAAACAACAACAACAACAAAACGGGCAAUUACCAACAAUAAGCACAAUUAGGGUUCUGUACAAAACUUGAAAGAUUUGGUUUAUUAGGCAUUGGCCUAAAUCCAAAAUAUAAUUUGUGUCAGACAUGCCCAAUAAUUAGACAUUAUUUGCUUGGUAUAUGUGUUCUAAAAUCAGAAUAAUUCAAUGGCUAUGACAACAUUAGCCAGUAUUUGUCCAAUCAAACCUAAAUACACAUUUAUCCCUGUAGUACCUCUCCUUAUGAACACCCCGUCGUCCUCCUCCACUCUCAACUGGUGCUACAACCAAGCCUCUCAAUGUGCCAAUGAAAAACUUUCCCUCCUGUGACCUCUGCAGUAUAUAUGGAAUGGGAUGUGACUGUCAGCCAGUGCUUAUAUAAUGAUACGAGAAUCUUUGAUUUGCACUUGUUUUGUGAGGCACUUUAAUUACGUGAGGAUUAUUCAACCGAGGAAAGGUUAUAAGUGCAAUGUUGUAUAAUUUAUUUUCUAUGUAAAAAAUGUCCUUAACUGACACUAGGCUCAUGUAGACACAUUUAUAGUGUUUUCAGACACCUUGAGAUGUACCCGAAUGCACUCGUCAAAAGUGUAAAUAUGCCUUGUGACUUGUUAGGCUUGGUGUACACUUUAAAUUGUGAAUGUGAUGUAGUCCUUUCCUAUUUGAAAUAUGUGGCAAUGGUACUUAGGAAUGGAAAUCUGUCGAACAGUGUAUUAUAUGGAUUCAUAAUGUUCCUUAAUGUAAUAAUAGGCUACUCUAAGCAUAGAAUCUAUGAGGAUAACUGAACUGUAAUCCAUCUUUAAUGACCAAACUCCAUUGCUGGUCCCAACCGGCUAUAAUACUACCAACAUCAGUUUGUACAAGGCUACCUCUCUUUACAGAACCUCAUGGUUGAAAUCACAAACUAGUCUGUUAUUUAUGCUCAAUUUCAGAUGCUGUUUUAUUCAUGCCAGUAAAUGAGCUAUGAUUAUCACAAUUAGUAACAUUUUGAUCAUGCAAAUUAUAGUGCUGAUAGAUAGACUUUAUUAAUCUACAUGCAGUGCAUUUCUGUCUAAAUGAGAAUCUACGUAAAUAUGUAUAUUUCCAAGCUCACUGCUUAUACUAUAUUUACACCAGGAACUUGAACAUAUAUGUCAAAGCUUAAUAUCCAUGUUUCUCAAUCCUCCACCAAAAUGGAAAAACCGGACAUCAUUUACACACCCUCAUGUCGUUUCAAACCUGAAUGACUCGAUUUCUUCUGUGCAACACAAACAAAGAUAUUUUAAAUAAUGUUUUUGUACAUAUGAAGAAAGUCCAUGGGGUCCAAAUAAUGUUGGUUUGGAGCCCACUGAACUUAAGUGAAUAGAAAAAAAAACAUUUUUUUUCAAAAUAUCUUCUGAAUAAAUAGACGCAUCCAGGUUCAGAGUGACACGAGUGUGAGGAAAUGAUCACAGAACAGUCAUUUUUGGGUGAGCUAUCACAAGCUUGUCCUGUCACUUUUAGUUUUAAAAGAGAGUAUUAUGUAGGCUAGUCUAAUAUGUAAUUACUAACAAAUGUGCAUCCUUAUUCUAACAUAUUAUUACUAUUGUGCUUUGAGGAUUGGGGUACAGGGUGAGCUAAAUGUGUUAAAUAUGCAGGCCGAAAGUGCAUUAUGGGAUUUUUGUGCCUCAUUGCGCAGUAUUUAACCUGACAAAUAUAUACCACUACAUUCUACGCAUGUUUUUUAAACUACAGCUUUUAGUGUAUGUACAGAAUCUUUUUGAUAAGGAAAGCGACUUUUCAACCCCUCCUCUCGCUAUUUAUCCACAUUAAUGUUUUACAGAGAAUUUUCUUACAAGGGCUUUAUUUUGCAAGUUAAUUUAUGUUUACACAAGACAGCUGCGAGGGUUAAGAAGCAUCCUGGUUAAAUUGGUCAUAAAGUAAUUUGAGGUCCAAAGUUGGAUGUAAUUUGAUGCAAGUUAUUCUUUAACUAAAUGAAUAAGUAAAAAGCACACAGAAAAUUACCAAAGAAUGCUGCUUUAUAAAUUCAGAAAUGUACUUACAUAAUAUUAUAUACAAACUUCGAGAGUAGAUGGUUAUAGCUGUUAAACUGGAAUGAAAAAAAAGUGCAAUAUAAUACAACAAAAGAUUUCAUCUGAGCAAUUAAUAUGAAAAGAGACUACAAAUGUAACAUUGCAAGCCCAACCAAAUUACUUAGACGUGUGUUCAGUAGCUAACAUAAGCUUAAAAUCAUGUGCUUAGCUGUUCUGUAUCAAGUUGUUUAACAAGGUACUUGUUCUGCGCCACAGUAAAAGAGCUGAUCAUUGAACUUG